AUGACCGCCCUUAAAAUUGUCGUGUUCGUGGCACUCUGCGCUGUGGCCUAUGCGGCACCCAGUCCCGGCUUCUUUGGCAAACAUGAGCACCAUACCAUACAUGUGCCCUAUAAAGUACACACCAUCCACCAUCAUCACACCCAGAAGAUCAUCAAGGAGGUGCCAGUGGUGAAGACCGUCCAUGUGCCAGUCUACAAGGAGGUCCACGUGCCCGUGUAUAAGGAGGUGCCCGUUCCAGUGCAUCAUGUCCAUCGCGAGGAGGUGCAUGUGCCCAUUCAUCAUCAUCACGAACAUCACGACCAUCACGACGAGCACGCCCAUAUCGAUGCUCACGACUUGCAUGAUGUCCACGACUAUAAGGGCUGGUCAUCGCAUGGUUGGCUGUAA